AAUUAAAUAGACGCAGCAACUCUUAUGGGUGUAAUGAAGACCCAGGCCGGGUCGGGGAGGAGUCAGCACACUUGUCCCGGCUACGCUAACUCCACCCAAGACACGCUUCCCACUCAGCAAUUCGGGAGGAAGCAGAAGAGGCUUGCGGCGGUCCAAUGCGCAGGCGCCAACCCUCCGCGCGCAUGCUCAUUUCGAGGAGCUCGCCUUUGCACACGCCCGGUGCGGGAGUCUCCAGGGUCUCUUUCCACCCUGUCUGUCAGUCCUGGCAGGACUCUACUAGAAUAUCAUUUGGAGAAAGUGUCAUGGAUGUUCUACGCCCACAGCUUAUAACAAUUGAUGGUCGGAAUUAUAGGAAGAAUCCCAUCCAGGAAAAAAAUUAUCCACAUGAAGAAGAUGAGGGUGUCUAUCAAGACUCCAUGGAAUAUUCUGAUGAGCCCUGUGAUGCCUAUGAGGUGGAGCAGACCCCUCAAGGAUUCCGGGCCACUGUCAGUGCCCCUAGCCUGCUCUACAAGCACAUAGUUGGAAAGAGAGGGGAUACCAAGAAGAAAAUAGAAAUGGAGACUAAAACAUCUAUUAGCAUUCCUAAACCUGGACAAGAAGGAGAAAUUGUGAUCACUGGUCAGCAUCGAAAUGGCGUAAUUUCAGCCCGAACGCGGAUUGAUGUUCUUCUGGACACCUUUAGAAGGAAGCAGCCCUUCACUCACUUCCUGGCCUUUUUCCUCAAUGAAGUUGAAGUUCAGGAGAGAUUUCUGAAGUUCCAGGAGGAAGUGCUGGAGAAGUGCUCCAUGGACCGUGGGGUUGACAGCUCCAUUUUUCAGAAUCCCAAAAAGCUUCACCUAACUAUUGGGAUGUUGGUGCUUUUAAGUGAACAAGAGAUCCAGCAGACGUGUGAGAUCCUGCAGCGUUGUAAAGAGGAAUUCAUUAAUGACAUUUCUGGUGGCAAACCCCUGGAAGCAGAGAUGGCAGGGAUUGAGUACAUGAAUGACGAUCCUGGUAUGGUGGAUGUUCUUUAUGCCAAAGUCCACAUGAAAGAUGGCUCCAACAGGCUGCAGGAACUAGUUGAUCGAGUGCUGGAGCGCUUUCAGGCACUGGGACUAAUAGUGAAAGAUUGGAACAGUGUGAAACUGCACGCCACGGUCAUGAACACACUGUUCAGGAAAGACCCCAAUGCUGAAGGCAGGUACAACCUCUACACAGCAGAUGGCAAAUACAUCUUCAAGGAAAGAGAAUCAUUUGAUGGCCGGAACAUUUUAAAGACGUUUGAGAACUUCUACUUUGGUUCCCUGAAGCUCAACUCCAUUCACAUAUCCCAGAGGUUCACAGUGGACAGCUUUGGGAACUAUGCCUCCUGCGGACACGUGGACUUCUCCUGAAGUGGAAGAGCAGCAGAGAACCGUGACUGACUGAAGCGGCAGGAGCCUGGAAGUGUGGCGGCAGCAGGCACUCCGGCCUCCAGCUAAAUGGCAGAGGAGGGAGCUCCAGCCUACACUGCUCCCUCCUGGUCCUCACUCCUCCUCCUCAUCCCCUUCUUUCUUGUUCUUCAUUCCUUAUCCUCAUGACCCCGCCUUUCUGUGAAGUCUGCUCCUGAGCUCUGUGUUAAGAUCACCGUGCUGUGAAGAUUGGCUUCUCUGUGAGAUGGGACAGACCAUCUGCAAAUAAAUUAGAUUUCCAAGUU